AUGAACUUUGGUUUCAGAUUUAAAUAAACAAAGCCAAUCAAAUUUCCAAGAACUGAGGUAAUAGUCUAUUGUCAUCUAAUAAGAAUUAAUUAGUCACUAAAAUCGAUGAAUAUAGAAAGCAGAUCACUGACUAUCGUUGGCAGGAUUGUAAUAAGGGUGAUGUGGAGGCCUGUCUCCAACUCGAGAAAUUACUGACCCAAUAUAUUCUCCUAUUGGACUCCGCCAUAGAAUAGCAAGUUAAGAUUGAUAUCUCAUUCUCGUGGAAUGAUUCCUAUGAACCCGUAACACAGAUAGAAUAUUUUAGAAUAAAUUUACUCAAUCCAAUUAAUGGCAUUACGAAUACUCCUGCUCUCUCUACAAUCUUGGAUUGCUCUAUUUUCAUUUGGGAUAGAACAUGCCAGCUAUCAAGGAUGCAAUAAGCAAGAGUCGUAAUUCCCAGUGGUGUUUUUUGAGACUAUCUGAAGUCACCGCCUUUGUCAAUUCAAAGACUAUCUAACAGCAUUCCGAUCUAUCAUUAGUGCACAUUCACAUGAACAAUUGCUACGUACUCAUUCCUCUAAUCAAUAGGCCUAAGCCUAUGGAUAUAAGAAAUUGUAUGAGCAUUUCCAAACAAUUAAAAAUCCAGAUGAACUUCUAAUAGCCUUAGGCUUGUUGCAAGAGUCCUCCAAGAUGUUCGAGUAAACCAUUAGAUGCCUUACAUAAACCAAAAACAGUAAUAAGAAACCAAUACCCCCCAUUAUUUAUAAUCAGUUGAUGGAGAGGUUUUCCAAUGAUCACAGUGUCACUCUUGUGAUCACCAACAUGGAGUUGGCCAAAUUGAUGGCUAGCACUGCCAAAGAGGUUCCACGAGAACAAAGAAUGGGCAAAGCCAUAACCUAUUUGAAUAAGGCUGAAUAAUCAAUAAAUGAACUUUUUAAAAAGUUUAAACACAAGAAUGAGUUCCUUCUCUUGCAAUAAUAGUAGAUUAUAGCACUUAAGAAAGAGUACUUGUAUCUCAAUGAAAAUGCUUUUAAACACCCUGUAGCAAAGGAGUAUGAAUUAUUGCAAUUGCCAGUUAAGCAGGAUCUCAUCAAGGCCAGGCCUCCUGAGUUAUUUUAAAACAAGUGGGAUAACAAAUAAUAGGAAGUUCAUGUGGAAACCCAAAAAUUAAUCUAAGAAAUAAAUGCUCAUAAAACUUACGCCCAAUAAAAACUAUUAGAUCUACAAAACAAUUUUAAUUAGAUUUAUUCCUAAUACAACAUACAAUUCAUGAUUGAUUCUUACUAGAAUGCUGAAUCUCUAAAAUUAACCCAAUCAAUCUAACUUAAAGUUGACUUUAUUAAACAAAAGGGAGGAUGGAAAGGAUGCCAACAAUAAAUUCAGAAGAUCCAUCAACUGCAGCAAGAAUAAGGGAAGAAAUUAAUAAACCUCAAAAAUCAAUUCGAUUUAUCCUCCAUGCAAAAAGAAUUUCCCCCUCAGGGAUAUUAACUCUUUACGUAAUAGAUUGAAAAUUUCAGAAGACAUGUCGAGGGUAUUUGAUGUCAUGAUAAUAAAUAGACUUACAAAAGAAGCUUUUAGAGGCAAGCUUAAUAAAUAGAACGACGGAAGAACAGAUCAAGGGCAUCAAGGAUCAAUUAUUAUUUAUUGAAUAGAACAACAAUCAAAUGAUAGCCAGUAAAAUGUAGAAUUCCCUGUAGGAGUCUCAGAACUUCUUCAGGAAGAAUUUAAACACUUUGAAAAAACUGUCUGUCAUUGUUGAGACCAUAUUUAACAAAAUGGACUUAAUAAAAAUCCAAUUGGCAGGCCUAGAGAAGUAUAUAGAUGACAUGGGAUUGGAUCAGAGCAGCAAUUAAAAAAUCGACGCAAAUCUUCUAUUAUAAGCAUUAAAGAUGAUCCAAAUAAAGAUUAAAGAAUAUGAUGCUAUAGUAACAACAAUUACAUUUAUUUAGUUUAAUUCCAUAAAUCUAAAGGAAUUAGAACAGAUUGCAUCUCAAAUGGAGGACAAAUAGCAGUUCCUUAUCGUUGCCAAUUAGGGAGAAGAAGAUUUUGAGGAUUCUCUAAAAGUUAUUCAGGAAGUAUUUUACAAUUUGGAAUAUGCUCAAUAAUUUUACGAGUAUUUAUAUUAAAGCUAUAUGUUUAGUUCCAUUUCAUAAGAGGUUGCCUAAUUAACCAACAUUAUUAAUGAAUUUACAAAUGAUAGCGGUUGA